GAAUCAACCAAUCCAACGCCACCACGAUUUGAUUACUUUGAUACCUACCCCCGACUACUUAAACAACCAACGUCACACUGUUACGAUUCACGAAUUUAUAUACUACGAAUAACGAAGAACUGCGUUACAUUAUGGCUGAACGAGAUUAUGACGAGAGCAAUGAGGCCCUAGACCCCGAGCUUCUGUACACCAAAGAAUAUUGCAUUGGUGGGGGAAGCUUUGGAAAAGUUUACAAGGGCGUUGAGAGGCGGAGCGGUCAAGCCGUCGCUAUCAAAGUCAUCGAUAUCGAGAGCGCCGAAGAUGAAGUCGAAGAUAUUAUACAAGAAAUUGCCAUUCUCUCCGAGCUCCAAUCACCAUACGUCACCAAAUACUACGGAUCAUAUGCAAAAGGUGCUGAGCUAUGGAUCGUCAUGGAAUACUGCUCCGGCGGGAGCUGCGCCGAUCUGAUGAAGCCUGGCAUGAUAGGAGAAGACUACAUUGCAAUAAUCAUAAGGGAAUUGCUUUUGGGUCUUGAUUACCUUCACGCGGACAAGAAGCUUCACCGUGACAUUAAAGCCGCGAAUAUUUUACUCAGUUCCAAUGGCCAGGUGAAGCUGGCUGAUUUUGGCGUCUCUGGACAGCUCUCCGCGACCAUGACAAAGAAGAAUACGUUCGUUGGCACUCCGUUUUGGAUGGCUCCUGAAGUUAUUAAACAGUCUGGAUACGAUCACAAGGCAGACAUCUGGUCGCUGGGAAUUACAGCAUUAGAACUUGCCAAUGGCGAGCCACCUUAUGCCGACAUCCAUCCGAUGAAGGUUUUGUUCCUGAUCCCCAAAAAUGCCCCUCCUAGAUUGGAAGGAAACUUCACAAAAGCAUUCAAAGAUUUCGUCGAACUCUGUCUACAAAGAGACCCGAAAGAACGGCCGGUAGCCAGAGAUCUGCUCAAGCACCCUUUCAUUCGAAAGGCGAAGAAAACUAGCUACUUAACAGAGCUAAUUGAGCGCUAUAACCGAUGGAGCGCAACUCAUAAGUCGGAGGAAGAGGAAACCGUGGAAGAACGAGAAGACUCGGUUGAGCCAGAACGCGUUAAUGAGGAUAUGUGGGAUUUUGGUACUGUCCGACUAGUGAGCGGCCGAGGAGGAAUAGUCAACCGACCUGGUUUGAACCCCAUGGACGAAUCUACUAAGAAUGCUAGGGCUUCAAGACCGUUAGAAGCAGACUAUGGUGAGAGCCCUAGGGGAUUAUCACCGACAAAGAUCCAAACCCAGGACUUUGCCAAUUCCUCCGUAACCAGCACUCUGAAGGCUACGAACGCUCCGGCACUAGGAAUCUCUCGGCAAUCUUCGCCUCAGCGGAAACCGGUCCCAGCCGUGACACCUGUAUCACCCUCAAAGAUUCCAUUGCCUCCCUCGCCACAGAAACACACACAAGAUCCCAGUACUCCACGGCCUUCGAGACCGACGCCUAAUACCAGCAUGAUAUCAGCCGAUUACGAUCGAGCACUAAAGGAACAAAUGCAACAAGAUAUGGGUGCUCUCAGCAUUGCACCAUCCCAAUCUCAAAUUACUCAUUCGCAGCAACCUAUAACUCCCAAGAAUUCCCAACAGCAGCUACAGCAGCAACGUGGAAUUCCUAGACCUAUCCCUUUCACCCUUCCGGAAAUCCCUCCGUACCGCGGACCUAGUGCGCAGCAGCAGCCUCCGCGGGGAGUCAGCAAUCAGCAUUCUAACCCGAGUUCGCAAGCGUUUGCUUCAAAGGCGCAGCCCAAGCAGCAGGCUCCUAUGCCGGACGCAUUCCCGCCUCCCGGCCCUACGAACCCGAAUGGCGAGCUAGAUGCCCUGAACGAUGUGAUCUUCCCGGCUCUCGAAGAGGCCCUAAAGCGACGGCAGAUCCGGCUGCAGCAGAUCUACCGCAACGAGAAGGUUAUUACCCCACAACGGCAGCGGGCCGAGGCGGCGCACGACCGCAUCCGCAAGCACGUGUACAAGCUAGCCAACGUAUGUAAGGAGAUUGACCGACUCGACAAGAGCGAGCCCGUGGGUAUGGGCAAAGAAGUCGGUACCUUCCUCGAGGGUCUUCUCGAAGAGAUCCUCGUCCGAGUCGAGCCACUGGAUGAAGAUGAAACGUAAUGAUUGGAUUGAUUAAAUGCAUGGCAUGGCUUGGCACGGCACGGAACUAUACGAGUACAUUUUAUUUCGAGAAAAAACGAUAUACCCUGUGGAGGGAUAACGCGUUGUUGUGUAAGUAUAUAUCUAAUUAGGGGGUGCUGGUAGUCAUGGUAUGUAUGUAUUAGGCGCGGGUCCUUU